ACUUUUCAAUUUCUAUUAUUUCAGGCAUUACUCAUGGAGUUCAGCAUAAAUUUUCCUUCCAAAUCCGUUUGCCUGUUUACGUUAUAACUUUUCUUUGAUUCAGAAAAAUUAGCUUAUCCAAGUAGUAGUAGAUCACUUGGAAAACGUUUGGUAUCAGACUACCCAAAUAUUGAUGUUGCAGCUGUCUCUUCUAUAAUUCUAGUAUUAGAGAAGAUGUCACUCAUACCAGUCCAUGAAUGCCCACUCUUUGGGCUUUUUUAUUUUUUUCCUGAUUUGUAUGCGUUGCGGAACUUUAGUAGCAUCCACACCCAAACAUGUAACUGCCUACCAUGACGAAUUGAGCCUUUUGUCGUUUUGAUAUAUACUCUUAUGAUGGUGCAUGGUAAGGCUUGUACUAAAGUUGCGUAAUUGAAAUGCAAGGUUAAACGUGUAUCAAACAUGGGCAUCUAGUAGGUACACCGUUUUUUACGACACAUAGGUGUACCACACUCAUGGUAGACCUAGCUUUUAUACCUUCAGAUUAUUGACUGGUUGCUUAUUUGAUGUCCUUAUGAAAUACUGCUACCAGCAUUAAACAUUCCAAAUUUCCAACAGAUGUUGAAAUUUGAAUGGACUAGUUAAUCGUCUAUAAGAAUGUUUCAUUUUUUAUUUGUGAAAGAAGCCAUUUCUAUUUAAAGUUUGACAAGUUAGUUCUGAUACAUCGGUAUAAUAGAAAGUUGGGUUGGAGUAGAUGCACUAAAAUGCAGAUAGGCAAAAUGAAGAAUGUCUUCUCUUUUUUGGUAGUUUUGUCUAGAUAAAAUGCCCAGUUGCAUUGGAGAUGUUCUUAAUUCGUGCUGCUGCGUCCACGGUCUUCCUUGUUUCUUCUAGGCAUGCUUAGUCAACGAUGGCUUGGGGUUCAGCCACCGAGGUUUUUAAGAUCGUCAACCAAGCUCACUUGCUCUUGCUCCUCAACUCUGAAUGCCCACUCUUGACGCACACCAACACAAUGCUCUUUUGGAUUAGUGUACAUGCUUAAUAAGGGCAAAUUUGAUGAAUGCGUGCGUAUUAAACACGUUUUCCACUCAGUUAAUACUUUGAAUUUGUGCUGUUCAUCUUAUUGUCGGUCAUCAGUUGUUGCUCAUCACUUAUCACCGAUUCACUUCAAAUCCUCAAGGUCUUCAAGUUUCAUCUGACGUUCCAACUGACUGUCACUUGGCGAGAAGGCAACCUGCGGAGGCGCAGGCAACUUCCGUUUGCAGUAUCCAUCCGUUUGCAGCAUUGGAUACUUGUACAAGCAUUCAACUAUUGACUAUCAAGACCAAGGUAUGUCAUGUCUCUGAUCUUUGAUUUCUCAUAUCUCAAUCUCCGUUUGUCUAAUAGUUAGGUACUUAGGUAUUCCAUUAGUAUUAGGAUAUAGAUUGUAAAUAGUGGUGUAGUUAAUGGUUACAAUGUAAUAUUCUGUAGUUUAAGCCUUGUGUAUUUGUGCCCUUCUUGUGAUGAAUAUAUUAUCUAAAUGAUAAUCUGUUGGCGCGACAUUGGGAAGAAUGGGUAUUUGGAAUAAAAUUCAUUGUUUCGACUAUCGAUUAUGUUUUCUAACUUUGUGGGGGGUUUUCUUUUGCAGAUAAGGGAAGCUAGACUAAAAAGUUAUCCAAAUGGGUCUCUUCACUUGAGGAGAAUAUAUCGUGGUUCUUGUUUUUGGGUUUUGGAUUGUUAAUUGAUAUGUUGUUUAAUUAGAAAAAGUAGUAGAAUUUAGAAGAAUGGGGACUUUGGUAGAGAAUUUGUGGCUUUAGACUAACCUCUGUGUUAUGUCAUUUGUGAGGGUGGUUUUCUUGAUGUAGAAAAGGAAAAUUGAAGUAGAAGUAAUUCAAAUGGGGUCUUUUUGCUUUGGGGGUAUAAAUUUUGGUUUUCUGUUUCUGUUUCUGAACUGUAAAGUGGAUGUGAAUAAAAGCAACAAAACCAUGUGAUUCAUGUGAUAGUGUUGGGUUGUUUCAACUUGGUAUCCCAAUGAUGUUUGAUUUUUUCACUAAAACCUUCAGGAAUAGCAUCGGUAAAGGACAAUGGCUUCAGAUACUGUGAGGAGCUUAGAUAGGAUCAGCAUGCUACCAGAUUCCGUAUUGUGCCACAUACUUUCGUUCCUUCCGACGAAAAAUGCUGUUGGGACCAGCAUUCUAUCAACACGAUAUCAGUACCUUUGGACUUGCAUUACCAGCCUUCACUUUGACAAGGCUGAAUUCUUUACUAAUGAUAUUGGAGAAGCUGAAGCUGAUUUGAGCUUCACGAAUUUUGUGAGCACAGUAUUGCUCCUCAGUAAUGUGUUGUGUAUGGAAAAAUUCAGUCUUAAGCUAAUUCAUUUCGCAAUAUUGACAUUGUAAAGUCAUGGAUCAGCACUGCAACAAAGCGCAACGUUCAAAAGCUGGAGCUUCAAUACUUUGACUUCAACAGAGAGAUUCCUAUUCAGUUGCCUCGGACAUUGUUCGUUAGCAAAACAUUGGUGGAUCUAAAGCUGGAUGGAAUGAUUUCCCCUGAAAAUACCUGCUUCGGUUUGGCUUCCCAGUCUUAAGGUUCUUAAGAUGGUGGAGCUUAGAUCUGAAAAUGUAGAUUCAGCUCACAAGCUCAUCCAUGGAUCCCCAGUUCUUGAAUAUUUGGAUAUCUUGUUGGGGCCGGCUUUUGAGAGUAGAGAAGUGUUGAACAUUUCUGUGCCCACAUUGAAGCUUUUGAAGGUAGACCACUGGGGUUUUGGAGACCAGUUUAUGGUUAAUUCCCCCAAGCUUGAAUACCUUGAUCUCUCAUAUUUUUGGGCAGAGGGUUUUUCAUUAGAGAACUUAUCAUCCUUGUUGGAAGCAAGGAUUAAUAUUGGUUAUCCCGACUCUGGACCCAUCAGUUCAACCAACAUACUCAAUCUUCUUCGUGGGAUGUUAAGUAUCUUUGGUUUUAUGCCAAUUUUGGGGAUUAUGUUCUGCCAACUUUCCAUACUCUCCGUAAUUUGACACAUCUGAGGCUUUUGUCUGGCAUUGACGCUGAAGGCUUUGACUUGAAUUUGCCAAGUUACUUUCUUGAGUGCUCGCCUAAUGUUAAAGUUCUUGUUCUUCAGGGAUGCUCUUUAACCAAGUCCUGGAGUCCGCGUCUGAGAGUGCCUCGCUGUUUGUUGUUUCAUCUCAAGGAAGUUGAAUUUCUGGAGUUUGGUAGGGCAAAACAUGAGUUUGAAGUGGUAGAAUAUCUGCUGAAAAGUGCUUAAGUUACGAAGAAAAUGACAAUCCAUUAUCAGCAUUCAGAUACCUUGCGGAUAGCACAAUUUCCAAGGGCCUCAAAGACAUGUAAGUUGUAACUUACUCUUCUUGAAAGAGGUAAGUUAUUACUGUUAUUGUUUUCGGGGAUAAAUCCUAAUGCCAAGAAAUUUCUGUUGUAUCUCAUCUAGAAGGAAAGGUAUAACUGCUCAUUAUCGUAACUAACUUUGGUGUUACUGAUUGGGUAAAGUUCACUUACCAGUUUGCCCCUCUAGGUUCUUCAAAUAGUGUUCCCCCUCUUGUUUGUAAGAUAUCCCCUUUUUUUAAUUUUCAGGCGUGGUGUCAUUGAUAUUCCAACUCAAUCAGGUGGAAUUGGUACUUCUUUGCCUUGCAAUUCCAACUAAGUCCAGUGGAGUUGGUACUUCUCGGUGGGCAGUCUGCUGACCAAUUUCUGCACUAUGUUACUAUCUAGUAACUUUUGUUACACUGCCUAGAGUAUAUGUAUAUAUUCAGUGUUAAGAACAUGUUUUUUUGGGUGUGGAUUACUUUCGCAUACAGACUCUAUAGAAGUCAUAGAUGACAGCGCACAAUGAUACUACUCCCUCCGUCCCUUUUUAAAUGUCCCGCUUCGUAACUUCAAUUUAUUAAGAAAACAUCAUCAUUACACUUUUCACAUCGACUUUUACCUCCACUUUUCCUAUUUACCCUCUAUGGAGACAUUAUCAUUACACUUUUAUUAACUAACUUUUCAAAAUGGAAUCUACUUUUAGGGGCAAAAUAGAAAAUGUACCAAUUUUUAUCCACUAACUUUACAAAAUGGACACUUAUUAAGAGACAGUCCAAAAUAAAAUUCUGGACUUUAAAAAGGGGAUGGGGGGAGUAUUUGUUUUUUGUUGAGAUGUGGGCAAUUUACAUAGCAGAAUAGGUAGGUGGGAUAGGCAAUAUAUGUUACUUGUUUAGUAUUGAUGGGAUAAGGAUCAUGCUAUACUAUAAAGUGAGCUUAACCCAUAUACAUUUAAAGUUUAAACUUAUUUUUUCACGACUAAUGAUAUCUGUUGAAAACUUUUUAAGUUUUGGUGAACAAAAUAUUCAUAAUCGCACUCAUUUUGUUGAGAGGAAUGGGAUUUUGAAAAGAAAAAAAAAAUCUCGAUUUGGAGAAGGUUAAGAAAUUAGGAACUAAGUUUUUUUUUUCCUGGCUUACUUCCAUUUUGAAAAGUUUAAGUGUUGACCCAAAAUUUAAGAAUCAACGCUUUAUUCUUUUCUCAUCGUUGAGAAAAGAAUAAAUAAAUAAAUCUUUCUGCAUGGUUUUUAAUAUUAACUUUCUUUCUGCAUGGUUUUGAAUAGUUCUGAGACCAAGUCAUUUUCUAAUAAAACAACGGAGGAAGUUGGGGGUUUAAAGCAUCUCCAACCCAAACUUCAUAACUCCCAAUCUCCCUUUAUUCCUCCAUUUUGGAGGAAUUGUGCAUUCUAACCCAUCCUCCAUUAUUAGAGUACCAAAGAGUACCAAAAAUUUAUGGAAGAUCUCUUAUAUUUCACUAUUCAUCAUUUUCAUCCCAUUUUAAUCAUUAAAUUGGUUUUGGUAUGUUUAUAUUUUGUUAAAUUGUUACUAAUCAAAAGAUAUUUGCAAUAUCUAUGUAAGAUUGAGAUUUGAAUUUUGGAGAAAAAGUGAAAGAAGUUUGAGAUUUGAAGUGAGUUUUUAAAAUAUAGAGGAAGAAAUAGUUUUGGAGUGGGAUUUGGGUUGGAGUUGUUAUGAACAAUAAAACCCUCCAAAUUUAUUUUUUGAUAUAUAAAAUAGUACGAGUACUAUUUUUGUCUUUGAAAAUGAAGAUUUGAAGAAUGUUGGGUUGGAGAUGCUCUUAUGUCAUCCGUACUUGUAAAGAAGAAGACGGUGAAUAAAUUCUUUGAGCUUGAUGAUAAAAAAAGAAAAGAAAAAGAAAAUGAUGGUCUUUGACCUCGUCUCAGGUAACGCCCAUUGACUCCUUCCAAAACAACAAUAAAAAAAAAAAAAAAAUGGCCGUUGAUUCACUCUGUCUGACUCUAUACAUGAGUAUCUCUCUCUAGUCUCUAUACACAGCACCUAGAAUACUCCGACAACCGAUAACCACAUGGCCGACGAAGCAAAGGUCAAAGGCAACGCCGCCUUCUCCGCCGGCAACUACGCCGAGGCCAUCCGCCACUACACGGAGGCGAUAGACCUUUCUCCCGACAACCACGUCCUCUACUCCAACCGAUCUGCCGCCUACGCUUCUCGCAACCAGUACACCGAGGCUUUAUUCGAUGCAAAGAAAACCAUCAAGCUUAAGCCCGACUGGCCCAAGGCCUUCUCCCGACUCGGCGCCGCCCAUUUAGGCCUCCAAAACUACAGCGACGCCGUAUCCGCCUACAAAAAAGGCCUCGAGCUUGACCCCGCCAACCAAGUCUUACAAGCCGGCCUCAGAGAGGCCGUCGAACUAACCUUCGAAUCCGCAGAAAAUAUCAUACUUAAAUGGGACUCCACGUCUUCCGAGGAGGCCAGAUACCAUAACAUCUUUGACGGCGGGAAUCGCCACGAGAUCGAUCAGUACCUUAACGCCGUCGACGAGAUUCAAGGCUGGCUCGAAUCGGGGACGUUGACCGAGUCCGACAACCAGAGCAAGGCCAAAACCGCUAUCCGUAUCGCCAUGGCCCGGCUCGAAGACGAGUUCCGUAACCUACUCAUGGCCCACACCUCCCCUGUCGAAACCGAUUGCCUCAUCGACAUGAAUUCCUCCUUCAAAAGAACUGAUUCCAGUACUUCCGAAUUACACGGCGAAAGUUUCAUGGAGGAUGAAGGACUUGAAAGCAGAACACGUGCGAGUUAUUGCUUCGCAAAUACUAAUACUAAUAUUUGCCAAAUCGAUUUAAUUCCAUCAGAUGUGAUUUCCGAUCUUAGAAGCAUAGCAGAAAGGAUGAUUUCAGCUGGAUACCUUCGGGAGUGCGUUCAGGUGUGCUUAGGUGUUCGGAAGUCUUGUGUGGACGCGAGCUUGGUACAUCUUGGGAUCGAGAAAUCGAGCGCCGACGAUUUUCAAUGGAUGGAGUGGGAAAAUUUAGAACCAAAGAUCCGAUGGUGGAUACGAGCGGCCAGGGUUUCGAUACGGAUCAUAUUUGCGAGUGAGAAAAAACUAUGUGAGCGAAUCUUUCCAUAUUUAUUAGGUAGUUCUAUAGAUGAUUAUUGUUUCCUAGAGAGCGUUAAAGGUCAAGUGAUCCAACUUUUUAAUUUUGUUGGAGCCAUAAGUACAAUAACUCCCCGGUCACAUGAGAAGCUGGUCAAGAUACUGGAAUUGCACGACGCUAUGUCAGGUUUGUUGCCGGACAUAGAUGUUGUGUUUGAGUCUAUGUCAUCGAAGAUGAUUCGAGUUGAGGCGGCAGAGAUAUUGUCUGAGCUAACAGAGGCAGUGAGAGGGAUUUGGUUGGAGUUUGAAAAUGUUGUGCUUAACGAAAAGUCGCAAGUUCCAGUUCCUGGAGGUACAAUUCACCCCAUGACUAGAUACGUAAUGAAUUACAUUAGUCUGGUUACUGAUUAUAAGCAAACCUUAGUUGAAUUGAUUGUAUCAAAACCGGAGUUGAAGAAUUCAGGUGAUCUGACGGAUGUAGAGUCUGAGGUGGUGGAGGGGAGAACUCCUCUGGCUUUGCAUUUGAUAUGGAUAAUGAUGACCUUACAAUCCAAUUUGGAUGGAAAGUCGAAGCAGCACUACAAAGACCCUGCAUUAGGUCAUCUAUUCAUGAUGAACAACGUGCAUUAUAUUGUUCAAAAGGCCAAAGCUGAAAACAAUUUGAGAGAGAUGAUUGGAGAUGGGUAUCUAAGAAAAUUAACUGGUAAGUAUAGGCAGUUGGCAACUAGCUACAAGAGAUCAACUUGGACGAAAGUCAUGCACUGUUUGAGAGAUGAGGGGUUACAUGGGAGUGGGAGUUCCUCUGCAGUUUCAAAGAACGCUCUGAAAGAGAGAUUCAAGAGUUUCAACACGGCGUUUGAAGAGGUUCAUAAGACUCAAGCCAUGUGGCUCAUACCCGAUGAUCAGCUUCGAGAGGAGUUACGGAUAAUGAUUUUAGACUUGUUGAUUCCUGCUUACAAUGCGUUCCUCGGUAGGUUCAGGAGCUAUAUAGAGAGCGGAAGGCAUCCCGAGACCUUCAUCAGGUACUCUGUUGAGGACCUUGUGGCGGCAAUCUCGGAUUUCUUCGAGGGUACCUCAGUUUCGCAGCAACAAUUGCGUAGGAGAUCUUAGUGAAGUGUCUGGUGGUAGUGAGUUUUACAAGUCAGAAAACUAGAGAAACAUUCUUCCCUGUAAGAUGUUGUAUCAUACAGUAUGUUUUGUCAAUUCUAGUAGUAGAUCUUUUUCCUCUCAAUUAUACUCAUCGAAGAGAGAAAGGUAGACACUAUCUAUUCUAUCUUGUAAUCAUCAUAAUAAUAAAGCGAGGCCUCAAAUAAAGGCGGAAGAUGAA